AUGUUGAAUGCUAGUAGAGCCAAAAAACAAGCAAUUAAAAAGUACUACGGUGAAGAUGUCGAAUACGGGGCAUUAUCAAAAGCUCAAAAAGCUUUCCUCGAUAGAGUUAUAAGAGUCGACCAGGCUGGAGAAUUGGGUGCUAACUAUAUCUAUUUUGGUCAAUUCACCGUCUUGGCUACUAAAUAUCCUCAUUUAAGACCAGUCUUACAGCAUAUGUGGGAUCAAGAAGUCCAUCAUCAUAAUACUUUCAACGAUCUUCAAACAAAACGUAGAGUAAGACCUUCUCUCUUAACCCCCCUUUGGAAAGUAGGUGCCUUUGGUAUCGGGGCAACAACUGGCCUUAUCAGUAAGGAAGCUGCAAUGGCUUGUACUGUGGCCGUCGAAACAGUUAUUGGUGGUCAUUAUAAUGAUCAAUUAAGAGUCCUAAUGAAUCAAUUCAAUAUCCCAAUCUACGAUAAAGAAACCGGCAUCCCAUUAUCCCCCGAUCAAAUAUCUCGUGAAAUCGAAACAUCCCCUGAAUUAUCUUCUUUAAAACAAACCAUCAGUACUUUUAGAGAUGAAGAGUUGGAACAUUUGGAUACUGCAAUUGAACAUGACGCAGAAAAAGCUGUUCCCUACAUGCUUUUGACCGAAGCCAUCAAAAUUAUCUGUAGAGGUGCUAUCUGGUCUGCUGAAAGAAUUUAA